AUGUCGAAUAACGAGAAUUUCUACCUGAGAUACUACUCAGGUCACUCUGGGCGGUUCGGACAUGAGUUCCUAGAAUUCGACUUCCGGACCAUUGCAGAUGGUAGCAGCGCCGCUGUACGAUACGCCAAUAACUCAAACUACCGCAAUGACUCCCUGAUCCGCAAAGAAAUGUGCGUGAGCUCUGCAAUGAUCCAGGAGAUCAAGCGAAUCAUCAAGGAUAGCGAGAUCAUGAAGGAGGACGACUCUAAGUGGCCGCAGAAGAACAAGGAUGGACGACAGGAGCUGGAAAUCCGACUGGGCAGUGAACACAUCUCCUUUGAGACCGCGAAGAUCGGCUCGUUGGUGGACGUCACUGAAUCAGCAGACCCCGAGGGACUCCGAGUGUUCUACUACCUUGUGCAGGACUUGAAAGCGCUCAUUUUCUCUUUGAUCUCCCUCCACUUCAAGAUCAAGCCUAUUUGA